AUGUUUUCAUUGGGAAAGUCGUCGUCUAAACAGCCUGUUUACUUUGAUGUUAGGGUUACGAGUAACUACCAGGACAUUGUGUUGAUUGAGGGGUCGCAUUUCGGGGCAGGAUCUGUUCUUUUGAGUGGGCAUCUGGUAUUUUCUAUAACUGAGACUGUUUCAGUGAAGGCAAUUAUUCUGAAGCUUAUUGGGCGUUACAAAUUAGAGUUUUUACAGAUAGGACAACAUAAGAGUAACAAUGUAGUUAGCUUGGUGAAGAAGGAGCAGGUUAUUUUUGAAUGUGUGUGGGAUAAUUUGUUAACAUGUGGGGACGGAGUUGUCUUGGAUACAGCUUCAGCCAAGACUGCUGGUGGGAGUAGGGGCGGUAACAGCAGCAGCAGUAGUAGUAGGAAUAAUGGGUAUGGCGAUGAGAUUGCCGAUUCCGAUCAUGCAGAAAGAGCAAGAAUGACUUUGAGACCAUCUCGAUCGAACCAUGUAGUCACUACCCGAAGUUCGGUAUCAGAGACAAGGAAAAUAUUGAUGCGUUCUAAAUCUUCGCCCAUAUUAAGGCUUCCUGAGGAUGGUAUUACCGGUACACCCUACGAACAAGAUUCCGUACCCCGAGGGGCAUCCUUUGUGCUACCCAAGGGUAAUUAUGAGCUUCCAUUUAGAGUUGUCUUACCAGAUGACAUCUCUGAGACGGUAGAAGGUCUUCAGAGUGGUUCUGUGUUCUAUCGUUUUGAAUCACAUAUUGAAAGAGGUGGGUUUAAGACUGCUUUCUCUAAUUACAAGUAUCUCCGUAUCUUCAGAACCCUAUCCGCUGACAACUUAGCAAUUCAAGAGGAAGUAUGUGUUGGCAAAAGCUGGCCUGAUAGGCUCCAGUACGAAGUAUCCAUUCCCAGCCGCGCUAUCCCAAUUGGUGGCUCUACACCCAUUCACAUCAAACUUUAUCCAUUCCAAAAGGGAUACCGACUGCAUAACAUAACCAUUUCUUUAUCCCAAUAUUACGCCUUCCAAGAUGCAAGUGGCUCGCUUUAUUAUGAUGAAAAAUCGGUUGUCGAAAAAUCGAUAACUGAUUUUGGAAAUAUCAACGGUUGCCACCCGGAACACGGAAAUCUGCUCAAUGAUUCUAUCAGCAUUCUUUCUGUUCUUCAACUCCCUGACGACUUAAAGCAGAUCACCCAAAACUGUGACAUAGGUGAAAAGCUUAUUCGUGUCCGACACAAGCUACAGAUCCAUAUAAUCUUGAAAAAAUCUUUAUGGGAAAAGAUCAAUACCUCCGCCCCUUUAAAAAAUGUUGCUGCUUCUGCUUCUUCUACUACCUCGAGUGCAGGUACUCCAGAUACCACUACAACUACUACUAAUGAUGGUCCACAUGACAGAACUACUGAAAUCAAAGCAUCAAUCCCCGUCAUCCUUUUCAUCUCGCCCCAUGUCCCCAUUAAGGGUCGGAUGAUCAUGCUGGACAAUUCUGGCAAGUUUCAUAUUCGUUCAGGCGUCCUAACCGAUCUAUUCCACCUGCAACCAAUCAUCAACCCCUUACAAUCUUCUGUUUUAUCUUCUGAUCCCUCCUCAUGUAUUCUCUUGCCUGCCUGUCAAGACGUUCCACCCGCCUACCAUUCUCAUAUCCACGAUCCGCUCUACACUGAGAACGUUUUGUUCUCUGCCGCUCCAGCACCGCAAUCCUCUUCAAUACCUUCACACCGAUCUGAACACUACCCAGCACAAACGUCCGCGCCGCCGCCUUGCUCUUCCCCACCAUCUUCAUCUCCAUCCCGUAUCAAUUUUACCCUUCCACAACCUACGUCUUCCCAAACCAUGCAAUGUCUUCAGUCUCUGCAAGCCUUAUCCCUUGAUGACAUCAGCAGGGUUCCAGCCUACCACUCGCAUGAAAAUUCCGCACCGUUGCACUACCCUGCUCCCGAAUAUCGCGGGAACGUCCCUUUAGCCUCCGCAUCUCCUCCCCCGAACAUCCCCUCAUCACCAUCCCGGGCAUGUGACCCGCAUACUUGUGACACAGCCCAUACCCGUCCAAUCGGCUGA